AUGGGGCGAGCUUUCACCAUCGGUCUCGCCGCCUUUGCGGCCACGGGGUCGUUCUUGUUCGGAUAUGACAGUGGCGUGAUGACCGAUGUGAUUGAAUCGAAAAAUUUUCUCGCCUACUUUAAUACUACUCAAACGUCGGCGAUCAUUGGAGCCAUUAACAGUACAUUCUCCGGUGGAGCCGCCAUUGGCUCCCUCCAGGGAGGUCUUACGAUGGAUCGAUUCGGGCGAAAAUUUACCAUUCAAAUGGGAGCGGCCAUCUGUCUUGUGGGCGCCAUUCUCCAAGCCGCCGCCAAGAACCUUGCUAUGAUUCUUGUCGGUCGUAUCCUCGCCGGAUGGGCGGUGGGUCUCAUGUCCAUGUCGGUGCCGGUAUACCAAGCAGAGGUUGCGCAUCCUCGCUCCCGUGGGUUCAUUAUUGGUCUCGCACAGCAGAUGAUUGGUAUUGGAUUCAUUGUUAGCACAUGGGUCGGAUUCGGAUCCCUUCAUGCGCCGGUGACCAGCGAAUUCCAAUGGCGGUUUCCCCUCGCAUUCCAAGCCGUUCCAGCGCUACUCCUGGUGAUUGGAAUGUUCUUCAUGCCAGAGUCUCCUCGGUACUUGGUUGAAAAGGAAAAGUACGACGAAGCGCUCAAAAUCCUGAAGAAACUACAUUAUGACGGCACCAACCAAGAUUGGAUUGACACGGAGUAUAAUGAGAUCAAAACGACCAUCCAGGCUGAGAAGGCCGUCAUGGCGUCUGGCUGGCUUGUUAUGUUUAAGGUUCCCCAGUGGCGUACUAGACUCUUACACGGUGUCCUCGUGCAAGUCUUUACCCAGAUGACCGGCGUCAACGUGAUCGGAUACUACCAAACCAUUAUCUACAACGCUCUGGGCAUUACCGGCAGUCGCAACAUCCUGGUGGCAGGAAUCUACAACUGCGUGGGCCCAAUCACCAACCUGUUCUUCAUCAUCUUCCUGCUCGACCGCGUAGGACGUCGCAAGCCCAUGAUGUUCGGCGCAGCUGCGAUCGGCAUCGUCUUGAUCUGCUACACGGGGCUGCAUUCACAUAACGAGGACGGAGCGCGGCGUGGGUACAGCAUCGGGGGAGUCUUUUUUAUCUUUUGUAUCACUGUGAUCUUCUCCUUAUCGUUCGGUCCCUGCAGUUGGACCUACAUGGCCGAAGUCAUGCCGAUGCAGAUCCGAGGAAAAGGAAACGCAUUCGCCACUGGAGUCGGAAACUGGGCUGUCAGCACCCUCUGGAACCAGGUAUCCCCAAUUGCGCUGGCCAAAAUCCAGUGGAAGUUUUACCUCAUAUUCAUCAUAUGGAAUCUCGGCGUGACCCUCCCCACAGUCUACUUCUUUUUCAAGGAGACUAAGCAGAAGUCCCUUGAGGAGAUCGAUCUUCUCUUUGGUGGCCGCGCCCUGGGCACUUUGCCCGAGGAUGUCGCUGCGAAGGGGAACUUGGAGAAGGCGGAGGAAACCGUAGUGUCGACUGAUAAUGUGGAGCAUAGUAAGGUGUGA